UAGGGUCGAUGUCCCAAGAUGAACGGCGGGGCAACAGUCACGGCCGCGCAACCGGCAGCCCAAGCCGCUUGUGCGAGUUACUCGUCGUUGCACGGCGGCUGCGGCUCUUUGGGGCUCAAGCUGCAGGCCGGCCAGCAGCAGCAGCAGUGGGGCGCCAGUAAGAGUUGCGGCGGCGGCGGCGGCGGCGCGGCGGGCUCCCAGCAGCAGCAGCAGUCUUCCUCGGCGGCGCGCUGCAAAGGCUCUAAGCGGCGCUCGAGCUCGCCGGAGCUGCUGCGCUGCAAGAGGCGCUUGGCGUUCCCGGGCCUGGCGGGCGGCGCGGCGGCGGUGGCGCGGCGCAACGAGCGCGAGAGGAACCGCGUCAAGCUGGUCAACCUGGGCUUCCAGACCCUGCGCCAGCACGUGCCCAACGGCGCCGCCGCCAAGAAGAUGAGCAAAGUGGAGACGCUCCGCUCCGCCGUGGAGUACAUCCGGGCCCUGCAGCAGCUGCUCGACGAGCACGACGCCGUCAGCGCCGCCUUCCACGACGGCCUCCUGCCGCCCGGCGCCGCCUGCCCCAGCGGCGGCAGCACCUAUUCCUCCGCCUCGCCCUCCUUCGACGGCCGCGAAGGCAGCUCCGUGCCCGGCUCGCCGCGCUCCGCCUACUCCUCCGACGAGAGCGGCUACGAGGGGGCGCUCAGCCCCGAGGAGCAGGAGCUGCUCGACUUCACCAGCUGGUUCGGGGGCUACUGACCUC